UUGACAGCCGGCGAGCCUUUGAAAGUCUUGAGUCUGACUUCGGUCCGGGAGAGACCAUGUCCGCCGUCAUAGGCAAACUGUACUCACAUCGACUCUCAUUUAAAACAAAUUCUCUAUGAAAUAACAGUAACACGGGGCCUCAAGGAUGGCCAACUCGGGUGCUGUUCAGGUGAAACUAGAACUUGGUCAUCGUGCCCAGGUCAGAAAGAAACCCACCGUGGAAGGCUUCACCCACGACUGGAUGGUGUUUGUCCGAGGACCGGAGCACAGCAACAUUCAGCACUUUGUGGAGAAAGUCGUUUUUCACCUGCACGAAAGCUUCCCGAAACCAAAAAGAGUGUGCAAGGAUCCUCCGUACAAAGUAGAGGAGUCUGGGUACGCAGGCUUCAUCUUACCCAUUGAGGUUUACUUCAAAAACAAGGAAGAACCGAAGAAAGUUCGCUUUGAUUACGACCUGUUCCUCCACCUGGAGGGCCACCCGCCUGUCAAUCAUCUCCGUUGUGAGAAGCUCACCUUCAACAACCCGACGGAGGAGUUUCGCAGGAAGCUGCUGAAAGCCGGAGGGCAACGGGAUCCUCACAAACGAAGUGCAGAAGACUCAAAAGUGAUGGUAAUGCAGGAGGGCUCCACCUCCCUGUUUGGCCAGCACCUGAAGCUGCCUACACUUCCCAACAGUUCGCUGACGUCCACCUUUUCCGACCCAAAGAAGAACAAAAGCUACCAUGGGUCAAAGGAUGGCUCCAAAGGAAGCAGUACUACGCUUCUGACUACCGCCACAACCACCAGCACCAACAGCAGCAGCUUCUCUAAACUGCACAAACCCUCCAAGGACCACAAAGACAAGCCACCAAAAGACUUGAAAGAGCCCAAAAGUGCCUUCAGAGACUCUGGCUGGGAACCCAGCAAUGCCCCCAAAGAAUCUUCCAGGAAACCCAAAGAGAACCAGCCACUUAGAGAUAUCAAUCCUAAGAUGGGCUUUAAGGAACCCAAGUCUUUGUCCAAGGAGCAUCGAACUGAGGGAAUGAACCAUGGGUCAGGUCUAAACAAGCGUCUGUCCACCCCUGAUAGUGACGAUCACCUGACCAAAAAGCGUAAAAAGGGAUACGUAGAUUCAUCGGGGAAGCAGACGUCACGGUUAGACGCUCAACAUUCGGAUAAGAAACUUUUGAAGGAUAGAUCGCAGAUGCGAACCAGUAAAUUGCGACCAGAAGGUGACGAUGCUGAGCGAAGGAAGGUCUCAACACUUCCCCCAUUUCAGGAACUGGUGGACCCCAAUGACUCUGAUAUGGAGGACCAGUCUACCAAAUCAGAUUCCGAACAGCCCAGUCCAGCCAGUUCCAGCUCCAGUUCAGGCUUUGCUCCCACGCACCACAAACGACAAGUGGUGGACUUCAUCAUCAGGAAAAAGGUGGCUAUUCCUGCCACCACCCACACAGUGCUGGGCCCGUUGCAGUCAGUCAUGCAGGAUCUGCACUCAGACGACAACGAUGAAGAUUCAGAGGACGACGAUGACAAUGACAUGGACUCUGAUGUGGAUCGAUCUGCACACACGCAUCUCACACACCAUCCACGCAGGGUCAAUUUGAGUGAUGGCAGUGAGAGUGACAGUUCGUCUGCCUCACCGCCAUCCCGCAAUGAAGCCCCGCCCUUAUUAAAGACUACUAAUAACCAGAUACUGGAAGUGAAGAGUCCUACCAAGCAGAGCAAGCAGGACAAGAACAAAAACCUAGAUUGUGACAAGGCUUACCUGGAUGAGCUGGUGGAACUGCACAAAAGACUGAUGACACUAAGAGAAGGUCAUAUCCUUCAACAGAUUGUGAACCUCAUUGAAGAGACUGGACACUUCCAUAUCACAAACACUACUUUUGACUUCGACCUUUGUUCCUUGGACAGAAGUACGGUCAGAAAACUCCAGAGUUACCUGGAAACCUCUGGACUGUCCUGAGGCUCUGAAGCAGCUGGCUGCUGGAUCUCUGUCUCCACACAGACUGUUUUUUCUUGAAUAAACUUCAACUUUUGAUGCAAUGCAAAAUCCCCACUGUGGCUGGGUCCAGUUGCUGUGUGUCCAGCCUGCUGGUUGGACUGGGCUCUCUGAAAGAAGAGGUGGUCUCGCUACAGAAAAGCAGAGCCCGGUGUCGUGGGGAUGAGCCCUGUCGAUCAGGAGAUUACCCAGAAAGCCUUGAAAACUUCACUUGAUUUAUAGGGGGAAAAAAGUGGGGAGUGGCGACCUUGUUGCUCUUAAUGAAUGUGCAUAUUGUUACCAUGUAUGUUUCCUGAUUUGUUGUUCAUUGUGACAGAUGCAUGGUCAACAUUGCCUUACAACAUUGUAAGUCUUAUUUAUUGAAUUUAAUUUGCAGGUGUGCGUGUAUUUGAAAUGCAAAAGUGAAAGAAAAACAGCAGAAUGAGACUUUAUUGAAGCACUUCACAACAGACAUAUCUUUGAAUCUGUGUGACAGCUGAUCAUUACUACAACACUCACUAUGUCACUGACUUGACAAGUUGAAUGUCAAACUGAAUCAUGGGAACAAAACACUGCCACAGCAGGUGUGAUUUGUUUGACUUCCGAGUGUGUGAAACUGUUGGGAAAUUUGUAUUUUGUCUUAGUAAAUGAUAUUUGUAAAUGUGCAACUUAAAUUGUGCAAAAAACUACUUUCAGCUGUAGGCUUGGGUGGUAUCAACAUAUUAUGGUAUGUCAGGAUAUUUGGAAAUCUCAAAGGUAUGAAAAAAUAUAGAUGCUCCUCUUUCAAGAAAAAGUGGUAUGGAGAUGCUGCAAAGCAGAUCACAGAGAAUGCAGUUCACUGCAGUCUGCUUUGGGAUCCAAGUGGCCCAUUUCACCCAUCACCAUCUCACCUCCCUCAGCAGGUCAGUUUGAGGCGAUGAGGUGAUAACAAACUACUUCAUGUCAGAUAAGUCUAACAGAUGACGCUGAUAAUGAUGCAAAGUUUAAAUGAUACAAAAAUGAUUGCCUAUGUAGGUUAAUAAGCCAAAAAAGUGAAAUGAAAUGACAUUUGGAUUAAAACAUGGCACCACUUAAUAUUAUCCAGUCUAAAGUGAAGUAAAGUUUGCUUAUUUCUUAUGGUUGCAUUAUUUCUUAGAGACUAGACACACCAGCAGCUCUCAGCUUUUUUUUUUUUCUUUUUCUUUUAUAUACCCUGGUGUCAGGAAGGAAAACAUAGAUACCAUCCAAGUCUAUUCCACAGCAUUGUCGGAGGUCCUGAGGUCAGUUUCUGUGAGAAUCCUGGUCAGUCAGUGACUGGAAGUGGUUUGGAUUACCAUUAACAGUCCUAUACUUUCAAAAUAAAAUGGGGUUUGGAUUGGAUUGGGUUAGGUCCUGAUGCAGUUGUAGCACUGUCUUUUGGUUUUGACUGGUUGAAUUCUUUCCAGUCACAAAUAAGUUUUAGUGCCCUGACACAAGGCAGAUACCCCAUGAAGAAAGCUGCUGGGUUUCCUUUGGGAGAUAACAGGAGUGCAUAUGCACAUGAUGUAGGUUCAGUGCUGUUGGAAAAUAGCAUCAAUGAAGAGCUGCACCCCCACACUUCCUACAAACCACAAAUGUAUUUAAAGAGCCAACAUGGUAACUGAUAAAAUCCCAAAGGACAUCCGAGCGGGAUAAAUUUGCGUGGCCUGCGGAAAGCAGCACACAUUUUAAACACCUCUUCUCAGAUGCGUUUAUGCUGUUCAUUUCUACAUCUCUGCACACCUGGUCUAUGACUGCAUCAAGUGGCUGCGGCCGUCGGUCUGCUCCAGAAAAUUGAAAAAUAUUCAUCUGAACAGAUGUGUCUGGAAUGGUGUGUCAAAUGUUGUUAGACAAUCCAGAAUGAUUGGCCUCAGCGUGCAGGCAUUAAUUUAGCUUUGCAACACUGCAUCUGACUGAUGAGCUACAAACAAAACAUUGGCAGGCAGCAAAGAAAGUUAUAAUCUCCCUCCACCUCAUGGAUGUGCCCAAAUGCAACAUUUUCAUUGGAAAUAUUGUGUUUUGCUGCAAACAAAAUCUGAGAACAACUGUAGGUGUAGCUUCCUGCCAUAAGCAUUCUGCAUACAGUGGCUUUAAACCCCAACAUUUUGGCUUUGUCCUCUUAAAGAAAGCUUGUGAUAAAAGAUGUUAUAUUUUUGUUAUUGGAUUUUUUUUUUCCACAUGACUUGCGAACUCAUUAUACGUAUGCAUACAUCUGUCGCCUACAUCCAGAAAGAAAUUAAAUGACAUUGCACACAGAGAUUGGCUCUCUAGCUUGAACAAUCCAGCACACCAGCACAGCAUUUAAUACAAGUGCAGCAUCAUUUGGCAGUUUUUUUUUUAUUAUUCCCAGCUUUUGACACUGUAUAAAGUAAGACAUGAAUACAUGAGCACAAAUCACUAUGGUUAAAGUUCUCAUUAUACAAUCAAAGAAACAUUUUUACCAAAUCCAGGAAUAUCAUGCUGCAGCAGGUCCUGCCCAGCUGCUCCUUGGCUGCAACUCAAAUAAAGCUUUGUUGUGUCUGCUCAUUUUCUGCUACAGGGCCAGUGGAACAUGCCCAGAGCAUAGUUCAUAGAUUCAGUCAGCUCUGGACAUGUUUGUCUACAGAAUAUGAGUUACUGCUCCUGUGUUCUGCAUUCCUGAAAUGUGUGAAAUGUUUUGGGUAAAUUUAACACUAAUAAAAAGAAAGCCAAUUGGGAAUUUUGGCUCACCAGUACUGUUACGGGUUUAAAGGGGGAAAAAAAGAUCUUUUAUUUAUUUUGUGGGAAUUUGAGUUGUUAAAUCAAAGCUCAGCAUUAAUUUUGUAAGGUGAAGGCCUUGGUUUCAUUUGUAACAGAGGACACUUUUGCCAGUCUGAUAAUGAAAGUUCAGGAUGAUGAACCAUAGUGGUCCUUUCCAAACCACUUUUCUUGCCCUAUGUUCUGUCUUAAUGGUUUCUUGUGUAUUUCGAGGAAAAUAAAAAUACUGUAUGAUGUACAGAUAA